UCAUUCCGCCUUUAGCACCAGCAGUGAGAGAGACAAAAAACGAGAAAUUACUGAACAAAGAAGAAAACGAAGAAGAAAGAAAUAAGGAAAGAAGAUGAAGAUUGAAGAAGUCCAAUCCACCACUAAGAAACAGAGAAUUGCAACUCAUACUCAUAUCAAAGGCCUCGGCCUCGAGCCUAAUGGAAAUGCAAUACCUCUGGCUGCUGGAUUUGUGGGUCAAGCAGCUGCCAGGGAAGCUUCUGGCCUUGUCGUGGAUAUGAUACGGCAAAAGAAGAUGGCUGGACGUGCAUUAUUACUUGCUGGUCCUCCUGGUACUGGAAAAACUGCUCUUGCCCUUGGAAUUUCCCAAGAACUUGGUAGCAAGGUUCCUUUCUGCCCAAUGGUUGGAUCCGAAGUGUAUUCGUCUGAAGUAAAGAAGACAGAGGUUCUAAUGGAGAAUUUUCGACGUGCUAUUGGCCUCCGUAUUAAGGAGAACAAAGAGGUUUAUGAAGGGGAGGUGACUGAAUUAUCUCCAGAAGAAUCUGAGAGUGUGACAGGUGGAUAUGGUAAAAGUAUAAGCCAUGUUAUAAUUGGUUUGAAAACUGUUAAAGGUACAAAACAAUUGAAGCUGGACCCAACAAUAUAUGAUGCCUUGAUUAAGGAAAAGGUAGCAGUUGGUGAUGUUAUAUACAUUGAAGCAAAUAGUGGAGCAGUUAAAAGGGUGGGAAGGAGUGAUGCUUUUGCUACAGAAUUUGAUCUCGAGGCAGAAGAAUAUGUUCCACUUCCUAAAGGGGAGGUUCACAAAAAGAAGGAGAUAGUCCAGGAUGUUACAUUACAUGAUCUUGAUGCUGCAAAUGCUCGACCUCAAGGAGGACAAGAUAUAUUGUCCCUGAUGGGUCAGAUGAUGAAGCCCAGGAAAACAGAAAUUACUGACAAGCUAAGGCAAGAAAUAAAUAAGGUUGUUAACCGUUAUAUAGAUGAAGGUGUAGCAGAACUUGUCCCUGGUGUAUUAUUUAUCGAUGAGGUACAUAUGCUGGACAUGGAGUGCUUUUCAUACUUGAAUCGUGCUUUAGAGAGUUCCCUAUCUCCAAUAGUAAUUUUUGCAACAAACCGAGGGAUUUGUAAUGUCAGAGGAACAGACAUGAGUAGUCCUCAUGGCAUACCAGUCGACUUACUAGACCGGUUGGUUAUAAUAAGAACAGAAACCUAUGGUCCUGCUGAAAUGAUACAGAUAUUAGCUAUCAGAGCACAAGUCGAAGAACUGCAGAUCGACGAGGAAAGUCUGGCUUAUCUUGGAGAGAUUGGACAGCAAGCAUCCUUGAGGCAUGCCGUCCAGCUGUUAUCGCCGGCCAGCAUAGUUGCUAAAAUGAAUGGUCGCGAUGAUAUUUGCAAGACGGAUCUUGAAGAAGUAGGUACUCUUUAUCUGGAUGCCAAAUCAUCUGCUAGGCUCCUUCAAGAGCAACAAGAGAAAUACAUAUCAUAGUUCUUGAGUGACGUGUUCCUGGAUUUCGACAAGUACUUUUGAUCCUUGGAUGUUGCAAUUUGUAAGAGAAUGAAAAUUUUGGUCGUCCAAUUUAGGAUUUAACAUGCAAGCAUCGGAUACUGUCAUAUUGUCAAAAAUCGAACUGUUCUUUUUCUGAGGUUAUUUUGAUCUCUGUCCAAAACCUAUCAUAUUUCAUAUUAAUUCGUAAAA